UCGGGAGGCAGGGAAGGGAGAAGCAGGACAAUUGUAGUUAGAAGAUCACAUUCUCCUACUUCUUGAGAGGCCCUGAGAAGCUUGCUUUCGAGAAUUCCUUCCUUUGGCAGGUAGGACAGUGGACUUUCGCAAGAGCAGGACACAAGAUCAGAGAGUUCCAGACUACCUCUCUGUAUUCCUUACUGCCAUCAACAGAUGCCCAGACCGGAUAGUGUCAAUUAGACAAGGAAGCUGGUACAGAAUUUCCUGAGCUGUGUAUACAGCUGACUUGAUGCACCCAUCUGGUACAACACUAGGAAAGACAAAAGUGGUUGUAGGGGUACUGAAUUCAUCACAUCACGUGGUACACCCCAAUUUGAAUGUCUGCAAACCUUCCUCUUCUAUAUCAUCUUAAGACUUUGACCAUGCAGACAUCAUGAUUUCAACAUCAAAAAAGCAGGAGAGUUCUGUGUAAUAUCCUUGGAAAAGGAGACUGGAGGCUGUUGUUUACAAGACACCGCUCUUGCUGGGUCCAGAACACCGCUUCUGCAUUGUUACCCGAUUAAGAUCUCAUAAAACAAGGUCGAGAGAAGUUAGAACAGACUAUCAAGGCCUCCGGUUCCAAGCUGUGCUCCUAUGCUGAAAGAGUUGCCGCCUUAAUGGACCACUCCAAAAGCCCAGAUGAUAACAGCCAGCCUUUAUCUCCAACUGUCAACAUCAACCUCGGACCUUCUGCUAAUCCCAACGCCAAGCCAACGGAUUUUGACUUCCUAAAGAUAAUAGGCAAAGGUAGUUUUGGAAAAGUCCUUUUGGCGAAACGCAAGUCUGAUGGAAGGUUCUAUGCUGUAAAAGUUUUGCAGAAGAAGUCUAUCCUCAAGAAAAAAGAGCAAAAUCACAUAAUGGCAGAACGUAAUGUGCUACUGAAGAAUGUGAAACAUCCCUUUCUUGUGGGACUCCACUAUUCCUUCCAGACCAAAGAGAAACUCUAUUUUGUACUGGAUUUUAUAAAUGGAGGAGAGUUGUUCUUCCACUUGCAAAGAGAACGUUGCUUCCGUGAACCUCGAGCACGCUUCUAUGCAGCUGAAAUGGCCAGUGCAGUGGGCUACCUCCAUUCAUUGAACAUCAUCUACAGGGACUUAAAACCUGAAAAUAUCCUCUUGGAUUGUCAGGGUCAUGUUGUAUUGACAGAUUUUGGUCUUUGCAAAGAAGGAAUGGAGCCAGAAGAAACAACAUCUACUUUUUGUGGUACCCCAGAGUACUUAGCUCCAGAGGUGCUGAAGAAACAGCCUUAUGACAGAACCGUAGACUGGUGGUGCCUUGGAGCAGUCCUCUAUGAAAUGCUGUUUGGCUUGCCUCCAUUUUAUAGCCGGGAUGUGUCUCAGAUGUAUGAUAAUAUUCUUCACAAGCCACUUCAGAUUCAAGGAACCAAGACCAUAGCAGCUUGUGAUAUCCUGCAAGGACUUCUCCAUAAAGAUCAGAAGAAGAGACUGGGAGCCAAGACAGACUUUCUCGAGAUAAAGAACCAUAUGUUCUUUAGUCCAAUAAACUGGGAUGACUUGUAUAAUAAGAGGAUUACUCCUCCAUUUGAUCCUAAUGUGGCUGGGCCUGCUGAUCUACGGCAUUUUGACCCAGAAUUCACUCGGGAAGCAGUCUCCAGCUCCAUUGCCCGUACCCCUGACUUAGCUGCCAGCAGUUCCAGUGCAAGUGAUGCUUUUCUGGGUUUUUCUUAUGCACCGAAUGAUGAAGACUAAAGAAACCUGCAUGAAGUCUUGAGAAACCCAGUAUUCACUCUUUAUUUAAAUCAGAGGAAGCCGCUGUUCUCUGACUAAUCUUCUAACUGGAACAGAAUCAAGAUCUCCAGCUUUGAGAUAUUGGACCUCAUAAUGUGAAUGUUUCUCUUACUAAGGAAAUGCUCAUUAUUCUAGUUAAAAUUAUUCCAUUUCUACAGACUUGAAUGCAUUAAUUGAUACAAUCUUGUGCCAAAACUGAUGUUGUCUUAUGAGAAUGCAGGUUAACUUCUGUUCGGAUUGGUACAGGUUGUUUCAGUGUGACCCAAGGUAUUCUAGAUGACCAGUUAUUCUGUCUUCAGUUGUUUUAGGUUGGGUGCAGUGCCUGUUCAGAUUGUCUGCGACUUGUGAUUCACCCUAGUACAGUUCACAUCCUGGCUACCUUCUCUUUGGCCUUCUAGCCCAUGACACAAUUCUAGUUCAUCCUUCUUUUUGAAGACCCUCAAGAUUCCCAUAGGGGAUUCCCGGGGAAAUCCUUUGGGGCUAGCCAGUGAAUUCUAAAACAUCCCUUCACCCACCCACAUACACAAACACAAUUCCUUGUAGCUAGUCUAGUCCUACAUUUGCAUCCUCUCUUCCCAAAUUGGUUGCUUCCGGACCACCACCACCACCCACCCAAAUUAAGAACUAGAAGUGAUGCUAUCUUAAGUUUGAAUGAGUGUUUCUUUUCAGAAUGGAAAGCACUUUCCAUAGCUAACUGGCAUUGAUGGGAGUGGCACAGCAGAUACCCCUCCCCUUUAUACCAGUUCUAGAUUCAGUGACUUGUCAUCUUACCUUGGAACUGUUGCCAAUUCUGUCUGCUCACAUUUUAGUAACCUUGUUCAUUUCUUCCCCUUUAUCUGAAAGCUGCAUAGUGAUAAGGGUCUGUUCAUAACUACCUCUUUACAGCAUAGAUAGAGAACAGGCAAUGGAUUUUGGUUUUAAGAACAUAAAGCUAAGACAGAUCUGAUUAAAAGACCUGCCUAUUAAGGGCUGCUGAGCACAAAUGACUUGUACCCAUGUGUAAUCUUUUAUUUACAAAAUGGGGUGUUCCAGCCUCCAGCUGGUGCAACUAAAACUGCCUUGGUGUGCAGCCUCAUUACCUUGGUUUUACACCAAAACAUUAUUAUCUUUCCCAGGGUAUUUUUUUAUAAAUCACUAAUGUUCCAGUCUGAAUCAUUUGAAAUUAUUCAUUCAUCUUAAAUCUCUUAGACUGGAAAAGGGGUCUUCCUACAAAACAUGAAUAAGUAAGAUCUUGAAUUGAAUAACAAAGCAGGCUCAGUCUAGAAAUGAAUUUCCCCUGCUACCAGCUAAAGGCAAAAAGCAUCCAUCCUGCUAAUGAACUAUAUAGGUCGAACCAGAAUGGAUUAUAAUGGGCUCUUAGUAUGCAUAAGAACACAAAUGUGAUUGCUGUGAACUGAAAUAAAGCCAGGGCUCCCCCUCCCAUGCCUUUAAAGUAAUACAAAGAGCAAGGUAUACCCCAGGGUUGUGGAGAACUCAACUGUGAUAAGGAACAUAAGUACAUAAGUGCCAUGCUGGAUCAGACCAAGAGUCCAUCUAGUCCAGCACUCUGUUCACGCAGUGGCCAACCAGCCGUCAGCCUGGGAUGAACAAGCAGGACAUGGUGCAACAGCACCCUCUCACCCAUGUUCCCCAGCAACUGGUGCACACAGGCUUACUGUGUCGAAUACUGGAGAUAGCACACAACCAUCAGGGCUACUAGCCAUUGAUAGCCUUCGCCUGCAGGGAUUUAUCCAACCCCCUUUUACAGCCAUCCAAAUUGGUGGCCAUCACUACAUCUUGUGGAAGUGAGUUCCAUAAUUUAACUAUGUGCUGUGUGAAGAAGUUCUUCCUUUUAUUUGUCCUGGAUCUCCCACCACAAGCACUAUAGAAACAACUGCUGGGGUUUGGUGCCUUUCUACCUUUAAAACACCUGUCUUUUAAAAACCUACGUCCAGGUUUUGCCUCAAAAGCAUCCAUUCUCUUGUGUGAGAUGUCUGUGCAUUUAUUUAUUUUAAGCUACUAUAUUUAACUAUGUAUUAAGAUAUGCCUCUAGUAUCUAAGCUUACUCUGAGAAUACUUUUUUGCUUUCCUUUGUUAUCAGGGCAAUGGUUGAAAAAAGGGAUUGGUUCAUAUGACAGUUUUUCCUGACUGCCAGUCUCUGGGAAUUGCUCAUUGCUAUGCUGAGAAUACUGCAUAACAGCAUUGUAAGAUGCAUGCAUUUUAUCUUGUGAACCCCCCCCUCCCAUUUUUAUUCUGGUAAAUAUUUAAAACUUAAUUAAAACAAAGUAUAAUCUAUUUUAAAGAGGACAGUUUCUUGAAUAAUCAAGGUUUAGGUGACCGUGUGAAAAAUAACCAACUGUCUUGUUCCGUCUUCCUUGUAAUACACAUCCAAGAUCUUACUUAUCUGAGCAUCUGUACAGUAUUAUUGGCAUGGAUGAAUAACUACUGAUUUUGGUCUGAUGAACUUCCACAAGCAAGAAAAUCUUUAAAGGUUACUGCUGACAUACUAGAUAGAUAACCUUGGAUCUGUCUGACUUUCAACGUGACACUACAGUGCCAUGAUUUUUAGAUUGUAUGUGGGUGCCUAUGUUGGUUCCUGAGUUGAUUGAGAACAUAUCUGGCUGAUCCUCCUAAAGCAUCAGCAUCUUGCCUGCUUUCAUACAUAUAUCAUUAAAUAUUCCUGGGCAGUCCUUGCCAGAACCCAUUUUUAAAUGUGCCUGGUAGCAACAUUCUUUAAUGUGCUGUAAUAUGGUGCAUCCAAUAGAAAGAGUUCUGCCCUUACAUCUAUAAAAUGCUUUGUAAGGCCGUGGUUUUCCACACUAUAUUUAAAUCUGUGACUAGGCUAGCAUUCAGGUGCUGGAACCCUGCUUACUUGAAAGGAUUUGACUGUGUGUGUGUCGAGGGGGGGGAAUAUUUGGAGUGCUCCCCCCAGAUUCUCACUUUUCUUGCCCCCCCCCUCCAAGUUCGCACUUUUCUUGAUUAUCCAGGAUUUUGGAUUGCAUGGAGAGUCCCCAAGGAUAGACAGGGCUGCCCUCUUCUCAGUCAUGCGCCACACAACAAGAACAGCUAUGGAGAGAGCGGGGCUAGAGCCCAUCUCGCUUGUUGAACCCACACACUCCAGGAAUGCCUGAAUAAAGCUAAUAUUGAGUGCUAUUGCAUUCAUGUCCUACUUGUGGGCUUCACGCAGGCAGCUGGCACUUGUGUCCUUAAUAUUUCCACUUCUUCUAUAUUAAGUGUACUUUUUUUGGUAAUAUCUGUAGUUUGAUUCUUUUAGACUAAUAUUUGACAUUUCUAUUACUAUUAGAAUCAUAAUGUGCAAGAAUUGUAAUUGUCGUAUGUAAAAACACACAUUGCAAUCUGAUACGUAUCUACUCAGAAGUGUCAUUGCGUUCAAUGGGCUUACUCCCAGAUAAGUGGUUAUAGGAUUGUGGCCUUCAUCACUUGAAAAAAACCACUAUUGGAAUGUACCACAGCUAAAUUAUUGGUUAUGAUGGUAGUUUUAGGGACCAUCCUUAGUAGCUGAACAAAACAGUAUCAUCUGUACCCUAAUCUGAAAACCUCAGAAUGAAGUCAUGUUAACUAUAUCUUUUUGAGGACGGCCACCAGAAUGGGUUGUAAUGCUAUACUCUGGUUUGUUUGUUUUUCUCAAUAAGGCCAUAUAAAUAAAUAAAUAAAACAUCCCUUACCAAAUGGUUGUUAUUGAAAUGCACUGGAAGGGGUGUGUGUAAAUCUGAACUGAACUGAACACCUCACCUCCCUUGGGACAUUUUCUGAUAUAUCAGAUGUGUACAAACUUCAUUUUUUAAAUCCGAAAUCCAUAUUUGAGUGAUACCUUUAUUAGGAACAACCAAAAUGCCACAAAAUAUAGUGGAAAAGUGUGUGUGUGAGGGAGCUUUUUGAUUUUACUUUUUAAGCCAGAGGUGGACAAAUUGUAGGCCUCCAGAUGUUUGUCCUACAUCUCCCAUCAGCCCUAGCCAGGAGGCAGCGGGGGGGGGGGGGCUUGUAGGCUAAAAAUCUGGAGAUCCUUAUGUUAAGAGGAUGCUGCAAUGACGUAGGUAGGGAAUAAAGGUAGACAGCUCCGAAACCUCUACUCUGUAUACUACGAUAUAUCUACACUUUAUGUAUUCACCGCUUUAUUCUGUAUCUGGUGCCUUUCCAGAAUAAAACCAUUUGCAAAAUACA